UCUCCAGCGGACUGACCGCCCCCUUUUUUCAGGACAAACCUCGUUCGAAAAGUUGAUAGUCGAGGGCUACGAAUGGAGUAAAACGGUGUUUUUUUUUUAAUUUUGUGUUUUUUUUCGUUCCUUUUAUAAAGGCUUUAGCAGCGCGACCAGGCGUGUGUUUUUCGGGACGUUUCUCCUCCGUAUGAAGCGAUUGAGAAAUGCCUUGUGAAAUGUUACAUCCUGACCCGAUGCCUCCGUAGGUUGCUCCGAACGCGAGCCAAGUCUCAAACGUCUCUGUCCACCCACGGCCUGGCCUGCUCUGGGGUCCAGCGAUGUGGAUCUGCAUGUUUUACAACGAGACGGAAACCAGCGUGGACUUCCGCCUGUGCCAGGACUUUGGCCUCAUCCUGUCUGUGCUGUCGCUGGUCUACCUGCUGGUGUGCUUCCCGCUGGGCCUGUGUUCCAAUGUGCUGCUGGUGGCCGUCAACCUCUCCAACAAGGUAUCCAUGACCAUGCCCGACGUCUACUUCGUCAACAUGGCCAUCGCGGGCCUGGUGCUCAACGCGGUGGCGCCUGUGGAGCUGCUGAGCUCUACCUUCACCCGCUGGCACGCGUGGGAGUACACCAACGAGGUGUACAUCACGCUGCUCAUCCUUUUCAACAUCUCCUCGCUGGUCAUCAUGUACUCCACCACGCUGCUCAGUCUGGACUACUACAUCGAGCGCGCCCUUCCACGCACCUACAUGUCCAGCGUCUACAACACCAAGCACGUGUGCGGCUUCAUCUGGGGCGGCGCCGUGCUCACCAGUUUUUCCUCGCUACUCUUCUACGUGUGCAACCACAUCUCCACCAAAAUGGUGGAGUGCUCCAAGAUGCAGAACAAGGAGGCGGCCGACGCCAUCAUGAUGUUCAUCGGCUACGUGGUUCCUGCCGUGGCGGUCCUAUACGCCUUUGCGCUCAUUCUGCGCAUCCGGAAGGAGUCCACGCCGUUGGACCAGGACUCGGCCCGCUUGGACCCAUCUAUCCACCGGUUGCUCCUGGCCUCCGUGUGCGUUCAGUUUGUGCUGUGGAGUCCGUACUACGUGACGCUGCUGGUGCACACGGUGGCCGGAGCGCCCGGGUACGUGGGCGGCUCGCGCUACCUGCCCAUCUACUACUUCCUGCGCUGCAUCUCCAAGCUGAUGGCGUUCUCCAGCAGCUUCGCCAUGCCGCUCAUGUACCGCCAGAUGAACAAGAACUUCUCCAACAAAUUGCGGCGGCUGCUGGCCAGACUGCGUUGCCGGGACCAGUCGUGCCCCCACGAACGCUCCACAGUACAGCAAGUGGUCACGUGAAGCUUCCCCACAACAUUUCCACCCCCACAGCACUUAUUUCAGCCCCCCUCACAUCCCUCCAGAGCCAGUAUCUCACCGCCAGGCGCUAGCCGCCCCGGACUGCGUUAAAGCGCGACAUAGCAAACUGUGGAAUUUCCUGUCACCUUCCGGAGCGCAAACCGACGGAUCCAAGAAACCACUAAGUGCUGCCAUUUGUGUGUGUGUGAGUGUGUGUGUGUGUGCGUGUGUGUGUGUGCGCGUGCGUGUGUGACCAAGGGAAGCUCUCCACUAAGUCACUUUGGCUGCAUCCUCAGCUCUUAGCGCCUCAUCAUUGCAGUGGCCUGACAUCCUGGCAAUGUGAUGAACAUGCGAAUGUCCCUGUACAUUCACUAAGCUAUUCUAUAUGAUGUCUCUCCCCUAACUGAUUAGCUUGGUGCACAACAUAUUGGACUAUGAAAUGAAGUCCAUUGUGCGAGGGGGAACAUUAGCUAGCUAUGUUCAUAAAGCACUAUAUGUAUUACAAAAGAUAAGCUGCUCGGCCUUGAAAUUAAUUUUACCAUGAAGGUCUGUUCUUGGAUGCAACGUUUACUAUGCUGCCAGAAUUCCAUUGUUUUCGAGCCAGAACACUGCCAUUACGUUUUGACAUCGAAAAUAAAUGUUGGCAUUGUCGAAAAAGAUGUACGUGUAGGCCGCUCUCCUCCCUUCGUAAAGCCUUGAGACACGUUCACGCCCUCCGAGCUUCUCCCUUUCAUGUCAAAAUAUUGCCAUUAAGUUGGAAGUAAAAAUGUAUUCUGCAAACCAGGAAGUUGAUGUUGGAAAAAAUGACACUGAAGAAAUGAAGAUGGUCAUGAAAGCAAAAUCAGGGGGAAAUAAAGUAAUUUUAUGAUUGUGUUUCGUAGCAUGGUGAUGGAGUGGUUAGCACGUUAGCUUCACGAUUCAUUGAAGACUAAAUUGUCCAUAGGUGUGAACGUGAGUUCUUGUUUAUCCGUAUGUGCCCUGUGAAUGGCCGGUGACCAGUCCGGAUUGUAGUCAGCUGAAACAGGCUUCACCUCACUAGUGACCCUAAUAAGGAUAAGCACUCUAGAAAAUGGAUGGAUAAUGUCAGUAUUUCAUCUUUUAGCUCAUCUUUUUCAGCACCAAUGCUUGUCUCAGUGAUCUUUUUUUCUAAAAUGGCCCAAAUAGUUUUCAAUUAAUACCUAAUGGCGGUGUUCCGGAUCCAUAUGUUGUGAGCUAGAAUUAGGUUUGGUAUAAGGAGGUUACUCGGGUUACAUUUUUUAGAAAUGCCUUCACGUCUAAAUACAGUUGUUGUCGUUGUUGGUCGAGUUUCAAUCAUAACCGCUUUACCUCAUUAGCCAGCAAAUCAUCAAAUCCAGACAAAGAAUCUGGCUCCAGUGCAAGCGCCUCAGCAUUUGUGCAGCUAGCAUUUGCUACUGAGGUUGCUAAUUAAGAAAGGCUUAGAGUUGCAAAUUCUUUUUUAGUUGAGCACUUUUUAAUUUUCUAUCACUCGUACAGAAAAGCGGUGGCUCCUCCAAAGUCGAACACAACUUUAUGUCCAAGUUUGAAAACUGUACAGAGAAAUGUUUUAAAGGUAGAGUAUGCAGUUUUCAAACUGCUCGCAAGAUUUGAAUAUGGCCUCACGUCUAUCACCGCCCCAACACGCCUCCGCCCAAAGAAACACCCCCCAGCUCACUAAUGCUUGUGCAUGGAAGCUACAUUGCAAACAUGUCUUAUUCGUGAUUGAGUGUUGCCGAACACAAAAUGUUACUGGUUUGAUGUUGUAUUUUUUUUUAAACUAACAAAAAUAUAAGAGGUGAUCAACUUACCUGAUGGCCCAGCAAGAAUGGUGAAGUGAGGUUUUCCAUGCCCAACUACGCAGCUUUCUGCAUAUAGGAGGACACCAUCGUUAUUUAUGUUUUUGCCCUUCAUUUGUCUCGAGAGCACUCCAUUUCCUUCCUUUUAACUUUUGUUGCUAAACGGACCUAAAUAAUCUGACAAAGAAACCACGAUAGUCUACUUUGCAAGAGUCUGUGCUGUGUCCCAGUGAGGCACCAUGAGCGGUGGUGCGCAUGAGUAAAUGAUUGACAUCUGUUCAGUCACGGCUUUUAUUUCUACACUCUAUUAUCUAUUCUCCUUGUGCCAUUCCCGGUCAUAAAAUAAUAAUUCAAAUAUAAUUAGAGCCAUAAAAUGGUCACAGAGAGGGAUGAUUUUUCAAAAGAUCAUUUUAAAUUAUAUUCUACUGUCAUACAGUGUCACAGUCAAAUUAUAUUCUACUGUCAUACAGUUUUAACAUACAUGACAAAAAGUUUUUUGGUUUUUUGUUUGUUUUGUUUUUUAACUGCAAACACUACCUUUAAGUAACAUUUCAUAAACUGUCAUACAAGUAAAAAGACUAAUUGCUAUCAAACAAAACUAAUAAAAGUACAAUUUCUGGCCCUUUAAGAGUUUUCCCCCUAAACAAAACAAAACAAAACAUUUUUAUCAUUGCACUUUUCCUCUUUACCAUCACUGGCACCCUUCUGUGUUUGUUUCAUAAAAAGACACCCAAAAAAAGUCCAAAGAAGAGGGCCAAAUAUGCUUUUUGGGAGCGUUCAACUUUGGGAGGUUCCACUGUACGUCGUGAAAGGUUGUCACUUUUUUUUUUUUUUUUUUUUAAAUACAUUUGCUCAGCUUUUAUUCACGCUACCGCAGAGAGUACCGGGGCUUUUAUCACAGGAGCAUGGCGUCCAUUUUAGAAAAUCUUAUGUACUCUUAUGUGAAGCGAAGGCCCAUAUAAAACACACAUAUGUCCCACCAGUUAAUCAUUAGCUGCUCAAAGUCCACAGUGACAGAUCUUACAGUACAGUAUACUGUACCUGUUGACAGUGGGCCACUUUAGUUAAAAACGACUGCCCACCCCCAAAAAAAAUUAAAAAUAAUCUCUGCUAUAUCAUGAAAUAUAUGUUCUGUUAAUUGAUGAAGUCAACUCAAUUUCAAGCCCUUAUAAACUGCUGUCUCUUUCAAUGAUUUAUUUCAAAUGGAAAACAAUCAUUUUUGCCCAUUUUUUCUCACCGUGUUACCGCAGCGCCUCCUAGUGGAGAAACGUACACCAUCGUUUGGAAUUCUGGCUGCAUUUGUGAAAGACUACCUUUUUCUUUUUUUUUUUUUCUCCCCCCCCACCUUUAACAGUCUGACAAGAUCUCAGCUAUAUUCGGAUGCAAUGUUAUUACUUUCAACGGCAAAACCUCAUUGGGUCCAAAUGAGUCCACUUAUGCCCCCCCGUGUGUACCGGUGAAUAUAAUGCAAAAUUAAUGUGUAUAUAUUGUAAGAAAGAGAUAUACUGUGCUGUAAGGUGCUCUUUCAAUACGUACAGUAUUUUUGUUGUUGUUUUGCCAGAGAUAUAGCUAGAUUCUCUAAGUAAUCUACUGUCAUCAGAGUCAAAGACUGAAUAAACCAUAA